UUUGCCUUCUGUUUGGAUCCAGGCUGUAGAACACUUCAUAUAUGCACUUUAAAAGUGCACUUUAUUGAGCCUAUCUACCACCCAACUCUCUCUUUAGAUUUUACCCUAAACCCUAAGACUUCUAUAAAUUAAAAGUGCACUUCACAUGCCAUUCCAGACCUCCACCAUGGCCGUUUCUACAACAUUCACCGCUGCCUCUUUCCUCCCUCUCCUACUUCUCUGCCUCGCAGUCGCCGAUGCCAACCAAAUGAUGGGCGUGACUGGAGCUCAGAGCCCCAUCGCUCUUCCCCCGAAACCCGCCCUCGCUCCUGCGCCGGCGCCGGCCAUAGAUUGUGGGGCGGCGUGCGGCAGCAGGUGCCGCCUGUCUUCGAGGCCGAACCUGUGCAAGAGGGCGUGCGGGAGUUGCUGCGCUGAGUGCCACUGCGUACCGCCGGGGACGUACGGCAACUACGAGGCGUGUCCUUGCUACUCCCGCCUCAAAACUCACAACAAAGUUCGCAAAUGCCCCUGAAUUGCACUUGAGAAUUGAGACAAUGUUGCACUUGCACCGGCGAGAGGGAUGCCUCUUUAGCCUCUAUGAUCUGAUUUCGACCUUAAUCAGAUAGUUGUACAAAUGGAGUUUUAAUCUUUUUGCUCAAGUGGUAAUCACUUAUCUCUGUACUGUAAUCUGUUCUGUCUCUCCCCAGAAGGCAGAAGGCAUGGUGAUUGAUUAGUGCAUUCCGUCUGCUUAAUUACUUUUC